AUGAAGAAGAAAUUGGCGCCACUUGGUCGCGACAUUCGUGCAUCGGCAAUGGGAAAAAACAGUGAAAAAUUUUCCCUUUUCUUCAACUAUGGUGGUACAUUUAUCAAGAUUGGAGAUUCAACUGAAUACUAUGGUGGAAAUUUCAAGUCUGUGUAUGGCUUAGACACUGAUAGGUUUGGAUACUUUGAUUUGGUAGAAGAAGUAGAGAAGCUGGGGGUUAAGGAGUUUGAUAAAAUAAUGUAUCAAGAUCCAGGGAAGCUGGGAUAUGCUGGUAUGAAAGAGAGAGUGGAUGACAGUGGUGUUAUGGAGAUGAUCAACACUGGCCAUAAGCUUAGAUCUGUAAUACAGGUUUAUGUUGCUGCUAGUUACCCUAAUAAGGAAGAUGGAGAUAGUGUUAAAGUAGUUCAUAAUGCAUCUGAAGGGAGUAACUCUGCAAACAGAGUGGCAGAUGGUGAUGGUGAUGUGAAUGUUAGAGAUAAUGCAACUGGAGAUGAACACCUAGAUUCUGAUGCAAAUAUAGAUUAUGAUGAUGAUGCAAAUGAUAGAGAUAAAGCAGUUGGAGGUGGAGUGCUACCAGACGUGGCUAUGUGGUCUGAUGAGGAUAGUGAUGAUGAAGAUUAUUUCUCAGUGGGUGUUAGCUCAUCAGAUGAUGAUCUGACUGAUGAGGAACAUGCUUCUGAUGAUGAUGAAUACCUUGAGGCCAGACAAAAUUUGAGGAAAUGUAAAAACAAGAUGGUUGAAGAAGAUGGUGGAGCAAACAAUACAUUCUCAGAUUGUCUGCCUCAAAUGGACUUGGAUGGGUGUGAAAAUCCAAGAGGGAGGCCAAAGAAAAACCCAGGACAACAAUCAACCCAAGAGGAAGUUGUUGAAGCUGGGAGUCAGAAUGUUGCUGCAGCUACUCAGACUUGUCUUCUGAAAGAAGGGUGCAUCUCAUUCCUAGAAAGGAUGCAAGUGGGUCAAGAAGCAAAGCAAGUGGAUCAGGAAGCCAAGAACGACAUUUUCAGAGGUAUGGGGACGAGCAACUCAAGUAGGUUUGCAUUUGGGAAGGAGAAGCUCGGCAAUUGGGAGAGGAGCUCGAAAUUGAGGCGAUACGAAGUUUAA